GAUGAUCCUAUUUUUUGAUAAAACAUAGUUUUUCAAGUUUUAUGCAUUAUGCUUCAGAUCCAGAUUCUGGAUUUCGCUUCCGUAGUUGCACAGCGUACAUUCAUUAAUGCUUGUCUGUUUUGCAGUUUCCACGUUUUACGGUACGGGUACAUGGCGUGCGGACAAGGGACAACCCAUGUGGUUCGCUUCCAUAGUUGAUAAUUCCAUUGCCCACUUAGCGACUGUUGUUAUGAAUAUGAUCGAUGCAAAGUGUAUAAUUUUCCGUUUUCGCUUAACUUGAAUGGAUGGCUUCAAGCAGAAAACUUACUCCACAAGGUCAGCAGCCGCGUAUUUCCGCAUUUUUUAACCCGUUACCAUCGUCGGAUGUUCGAUACUGGAAUGGACGUCCAGUGCCCAGUGAUUUUACUAGACAACCUGCAUUAAAUGUAGCCCGACCACCGUUCAGACCUUCUGCCCCGAAUAUGUCGUUUCCAUUAAGACUGCAAGUGACACCGAGAUUUUCGAGUGAUUUUAAUCACGCUUCUGUAAGGGUUCCAUGCGGACCUUUUCGCUUACCAGCAGAAGGAAAUUCAUUGUUGUCUGGUCAAGAAGGCUUUCGGAUUUAUUCUGAUGUUCUUGAUCCACCCACGAUGAGCACUGCAACAGAUGCUAUGCCUACGACGAAACAGGAUGUUUUUGAUGAGGACGAUGGCUUCCUUGCUGCGACGGACGCUUAUGAAGCCUCGCUGAUACCUUCGCAGAUUCCCAGUCUCGAUAAAAAAUCGGAAACAAUUGCACUGAACGAUCCUGAUGACUGCAAUGGCAUUUUUGAUGAAGUAGAUAUAGACUUCGAAGAGCUCGACAAGGUGGAGAAACUGGCGACGCAGAACCCGCCGUCGACAUCCUGUGCGAUUGCAACGCCACAGAUUGUCUCCACUCCGGGAAAGAAUUUGUCGACGAACGGGUUCCGCACAGGAAAUGGAAAUGUCUGUGCUGCUAGUCCAGUGGGACUCGCUAAAGCGCGAGCAAUUAGUGUGGCGGUGGAUCGUGAUCUCCUUAAGGAUCAGUUAUGGUCGCAUUUGGUGCAGUCGGAAGCAGCCGCUGUCACGCCGAACGAGGGUGGUAACGAUCUUUUCGAGGAUGCUGAUUUUGAUUUUGAUGCGCUGGACAAGUUGGAAAAGCAGGCGACGGUAAAUAGGCCGUUGCCUUCUGUUCGGCCACCUGUAGCGCCUCAGCCCUUUAAACGGGGGCCUGUUAUUGCGGGUCCUUCUCGCCCUCAUGUUUCGGCAAAUGUUCCCCCGCUUAAUAAUGGGAAUGGCGGAACUACUAGUCCUGUUCCGGAGAUUUUGGAGGAUUUACCUCCAACCACGCAAAUUCCUGCAAAUGUUGAGAAACUUCCUGGAUUUGAUCUGGAAGCUGGAUUGAAAUGGAUUUACCCUACGAACUACGAUAUCCGCUCUUACCAGUUUAAUAUAGUACAGAAAGCCCUGUUUCGCAACACGAUGGUGUGCCUGCCAACUGGAAUGGGGAAAACGUUUAUUGCUGCCGUCAUAAUGUACAAUUUUUACCGAUGGUAUCCUAAAGGGCGAAUUAUGUUUAUGGCGCCUACCCGACCGCUGGUUGACCAACAAAUACAAGCGUGUUACCGCGUAAUGGGAAUUCCCCAGGAUGAAAUGGUUGAGUUGACAGGACAAACUCCCCAAGCCAAACGAGCAGAUUUAUGGGCGAGGAAACGGAUCGUUUUUCUGACUCCUCAGAUUGCCGUGAAUGACUUGGAUAAAGACGUUUACAAGGCGUCAGAUGUGAAGUGUUUGGUGAUUGAUGAGGCUCAUAAAGCUAGCGGCAACCAUCAUUAUGUCCAGAUUGUGCGCCUCCUUGCAGCGAGCAGCAAACAGUUCCGGAUUUUAGCGUUAAGCGCAACCCCUGGAAAUGAUCGUGCACAAAUUCAGAAGGUGCUUACCAGUCUUCAGAUCAACCAUAUCGAAAUUCGGCAGGAAGAUUCUAUCGAUUUAAUGAAGUACACUCAUCGGAGAAAUGUCGAAAAAAUUGUAAUCCCUCUGGGAAAUGAUGUUAGGUACAUCUUGGAUCGGCUUUUGGCAGUUAUGAUUCCAAUUGUAAAUAAGAUGAAACAAUACGGAGGAAUACCACGUGAGAGCGAUCCACUGAAUCUAUGUCAGUAUUCCAUUGUGCAGUUCCAGCGGAAUUUUUCCCUCGUGAAAGGAUUGAACGAUUUCGUAAAGCGGGAAACAUCAAGUGGCUUUAUACAACUGAUUACUUUGUACCAUUGUUAUGAACUGCUGAUGAUGUAUGGAAUCCGAGCGUUUUAUUAUUCGCUUCACGAGACUUUACGCCCGGCAACUGCGGAUAAGAAAGUCAAGUGGACUGGGACAUUAUUGGGAAAAAACGCGGAACUCCAGAGAUUGAUGGGGAAUGUGAGAGAAUAUUUAGGUAUCGACGUAGCUGCCGGUGAAAGCAUGCGCAGCUUCCGCGAAGACCAGGACAAACCAUACAUUUAUGGACAUCCAAAGCUACAAAAAUUGGAAGAAUUAGUAUUGCAACAUUUUGCAUCGUCCGAAAGCAAAACAGAUGAAGCGGGCCCUUCAAAACCGUUGAAAAGUGUUGAUAGCCGCAUCAUCGUAUUCACCACGUAUCGCGAUAGUGUGCAUGAAAUUGUUCGCCUGCUGGAAAGACAUCGUCCACUGAUUAAUCCCACGGCGUUUGUUGGUCAGGCUGACUCCGCGAGCAAAAAGGGGCUUCAGCAAAAGGAACAAUUGGCUGUGAUGCAGAAGUUUCGGUCGGGUAAUUUCAACGUUCUGGUAUCGACAUGUGUGGGAGAGGAAGGUCUGGACAUUGGCGAAGUGGAUUUGAUUAUCUGUUUCGACUCUCAAAAGAGCGCCAUCCGGAAUGUUCAGCGUACUGGACGGACUGGGCGUAAACGAGAAGGGAAAACAGUUUUCCUGCUCGCUGAGGGCAGAGAAGAAAACAAAUAUCGGACUUGCCAAAGCAGUAAAUCGCUCAUUCAAAAAACGUUGACAAAUUUUUCGGGGUUCCAAAUGUGUCCGGACGUGGCGAGAAUGGUCCCAAAUGGUUUGAAUCCAGUCUGCGUCAAACUGCAGUGGACUGUUCCAGAUUACUGUCCGGAAAUGGGAAGGCAGAGCCGAACGAGCGUGAAGGGCAAGAAAGCGUCGAAGGAGAAUGUCGGCAAGGCGAAGAAAACUCGACUGAAGUUCAUGUCGGAAGAUGAACAUGUGGAAUGGGAACGUCACUGCAGCAUCGCGGAAGAUAAAGUUCCCAUUUCGGCAGAACGACGGUUUUUGUACGAUCCCUCCACGUUUUCAGAACUAUGCAGAACGUUUCGAGAACGAGCGAUGUACGAAGAUAUCAAUUUGAAUCGACCUGUAUUGGACGUGGGCACAAAUCCGUUGUCGCAACAUUUACCACAUGCCGAAAUUUUCAACAGCUUUCUGAUUUCGUCGGCUCGUACGAAUACUCUCGUGUCCUUAAUGCGUCAAAUUAAUGAUAAUGCUAUGGAUUUCGAUGAAGCUUCCUAUGAUCCAACCUGCGGUAAGAUGUAUGAGGAAGCUGUGCUAGCCGGCUUUAUUGAACUCUCUGAUACGGAGCUCAUAACGGAUACCGAAAGUGAUGUCAAUGAUAAACCUGUCAGACGUAAAAAGUCAUCCAAAAGGAAGGCAGUAGCUCCCAAGAAACCUGAUCCGUUUGCGGACUCCGAUGAGGAUGUGGAGAAGGCGAAAGAACAUCGGCAACGUCUGACUGAAAUGAUGGCCGCUCAUAAAUCUACUGAUAAGCUGGAUCGACCAGAUCAGGCGAUUGGACUGCGAAAAGUUCUGCAGCAACGUUUGGAUCAUUUGGACAGUCAAGAGACACCUGGCCCCCUUGUGUUUGCGGCUGAGAGACCAAGGAAUAUUGGACAAGGUGAUGUUUUAAAACUCUUAGAUGGUUCUGUUUCGCGAAAAAUGAAACGUAAUCGUCUGGAUACGCUGGAAACGCCUCCCAACAUCUCCAAAGAUGGGCAGGAAAAGAGCUUCGAAGUAACAGUCAAGGCUUCGAUAUUGCAAAGUGUCGAAGGUGCAUCCACCGAAAAACAUUGCACAGUCUCAGUUCCGGUUAGUCGUGAGGCGUCAAAAAGUUCCACGGAUGUUGCCCGAUCGUCUAUGGAUACUUCUCAGCAAAGCACCGCAACUCUUACCUCGCGUGCUUCGGAAACUACCAUGACGAACUCGACCGGAAGUACAAAUAAUCAGGGAAGUUGUGAGGAUUUCGAGUCCACUGAGCAGGCUGAAAAGGGUAUUUUCCCACCCCCUGCACAAAAUGAUGGAUCUGACGCUGAUACAAUAACACAAAAGGGGUUGGAAGAGGGAAGUUGUGAGGAUUUCGAGUCCACUGAGCAGGCUGAAAAGGGUAUUUUCCCACCCCCUGCACAAAAUGAUGGAUCUGACGCUGAUACAAUAACACAAAAGGGGUUGGAAGAGAAUCUGUCCCAGAUUGCAAAGGAAAUCCCGAAACUGAUCAGUCCGGUAGAUAUGGAUAGGGUCUUCUCGGAGUCUCUGAUACUGCCAGACGUGCAGAAAGCCGGUGAUAUUAAUGUGGACAUCCAAAAUGAUAUGGGAGUGGAUAUCGCGAAUUGGGAACAAUGGGACGGACUUGAGCCUAAGGCCGAUACAGGACUGAAAGCAUCACGUGAUCGGCUGAUGGAAUUUGAGCGAACUACAGGGAAUGUUGAAUCAACCGGUAUGAAUUCAACAGAGUGUCGGGAUGUCAUGACCUUUACAACAGCAUUGCAAUUUGUUAAUCAAACGUCUGAGAUAAUCCCCGAAAGCCCUUUGGCAAAGCAGUCCGAAAACGGCAGCGUUGCGGAAAUGCCUACUCGGUGCCGGUUGAAUUUCGAUGAUGACCAGACCAAAUCAAAUUUGGCGGAAGCAAAAAUGGCCGUUCUUGCAAGCGAUACUGUUGUCCCUCUUUCCCGUGGUCCUAGCAGUCAUUCCACCCCUGUUAUUUCUCGCUCUCGGAAAAGAAUGCUGGCUUCUCCGAAUCUGAGCCCAGUGCGAGAAAUCCACCGAAAACACGAUGCUUCUCCCUCCAGAAUUUUGGCGAGCUAUGUCAGCGAAAAAGAAAUGGAGGUGGAUGUUAUAAUGGCGUCCUUUUCCGAGGACGAAAGUGACGAUGAUAAGAAAUUUCUCAGCAAAGACGUAAUUCCUUCAUCUUUACCGUAUGACACGGACUUGAUGGAUGAUCCGGUACAAAAUGAUACCAAGAUCAACCCUCCAUUUCCAGCCGGGAAAAGCAAAGUGGUGGACGCGGUAGUUCAGUUGCAAAGAAAGCCGGUAGUGCCGGAUCCGUUUGAUUAUCCAAUGGGAAGGCCAAAGAAGAUCGACGAAAACGAAGGAAAUCUUAAAGAUGCCCUGACGAAGUCUUCGCGGCGGAAAGAAUCUGUUGUCUUAGUUGAAUCUCCACUGAAGGCGCCUCCUGCUGACGGGCAGUGGAAACCGGCGACGCAAGGCAGCAGAGUUCGUCGGAAAGCGGCUGUUAUUUCUUCCGCUCUGAAGCAGCAGAAUCAGGAUUCUCCCUGUGCUGCACCGAUUGACGUUCCAACAAAUAAUGAUGAUGAGGAAGAAGAAAUCAUCAUACGUCAUAAACGUCGCCGACCUGUAGCUGCUUUUGACACGCCUUCGCCCAGUAGAGCUGCAUCAGCUGCCAGAAGCGAACGUACAGCGCCACCAAAACCCAAGCUGAACGUUGGCAAAGGAACUAACACCUCCAACAGACCGAAAAAGAACUUGAAGAAGCUGGGACGGCAAUUCCUCUGCACUCAGGCCGAAUGUUCGGACGAGCGUUCUGCGGAUGAAGCGGAAGAAGACGAACCGGAUGACGAGUAUCCCGCCAGCUUUGUUGACAGCGGAAGUGAUGAAACAAAUCCGACGUAUAUGCACGCAAUCUAUGCUAGAGAUCUCGUGGAAACGCCCAAUAGAGAUUUGAUUAUGGGCCGAUUGGGCCCAAGGAAAUUCCGAGAGGAUGUUUUCUCGCAACCCUUUGAGCAGGAUCCGGAUUAUGGAAGCGAUAGUUUUGUGGCUUAUUCCGAAGAAGAAACGUCCCCUCCCCAGAAGAGCACCAAGCCGAAACCGGUUGCGAAGGCCUGGGACAACGACUUUAGAAAGCCACACUUCAAAGGCCGCCGAAAAAAAUAGAGAUUUAGUGAUGUUGAGAACACCAAUUUGUGAUUUCGAAAACGGUAACAGACUCGUAGAUUCCUUUAAAUUCUUACAACUGUAAGCAUAUACUGAUCUGUAACACCACAUGUUCUAACAUUUGUUUUUCUCUUUGGAUCUCACAUGCGCAGUCUCAAAGCGGACGAUGUUUUAUCAUGUUUAAACAAUGUAAAAGCUUAUGAAACAUUCUUUAUGUUUGUGCUUUGGACUUUAUUAAUCCCAACUCUAAUGCAAGCAUACAUUCUGUAACCA